GGAGAACGUCCACGAGGAAUAAAAAAAUAAAAAUGGCGUCGAGAGCAGCUAGAAUAGCCCUCAGUUAUCCAUCUAGGCAGUUUACAACCUCUGCAGUAGCUCACCUCCCACCAAAGAAGGGCCAAACUAUUAAAAAGACUGCAAACAGCUUCACAAAGAAGAACAAAGGCGGUAAUAAACUUAAAACUGAAGCAGUAUCACACUCUGGACGUUAUGAAAAGUUACAGGCUACACCUCCAGAUCUCUCUUUCAUGCCUGAAUUCCUUCCUGAGCGUAUAACUGAUAAGUCAAUCGGCACACCUUUUAGAUUCACAAAGGAUGCACUCAACAUCACAAAGUUCACGGGAAUACCACCAACCUUAGCCAGAGAAUUUGCUACUGAGAGAGAAGCACAUACUGUUAUACGCAAAUCCUCAAUCAAUGCUAUCAAUAAGCUCGAUAGCGCUAGUAAAACAUCCAGCAAGGAUAACAGAUACGUAUUACAUGGUAAAAUUGGUAGUGGAAGAUCAAUAAGCUUGUUGCAAAGUGUUAUUUAUGCCCAACAAUCAAAUUGGUUGGUGUUCUACAUUCCAAAGUCUCAGCACCUCGUUGAUAGCAGUUAUGCAUAUAAUCCUCCAUCAGAGAGUGGUGGUAUUUGGACUCAACCAUCACUUUCCGCAGAAAUUCUCAGAAUUUUUGCUGAAACUAACAAAGAGAAAUUGAAUGACGUAAAAAUUUCGCAAGAUUACGAUCAAUUUAAGGCUGGUGAUAAGAUCUAUGAUCUUUGUAUACAUGCUACCAAAUAUGAAAACAAAGCUGUUGAAACAUUCGACGUUGUUAUGAACGAAUUGUCAAAGCAGACAGCCCACCCGGUUUUAUUAGCCAUGGAUUCAAUUCAAGCGAUGUAUCAACCAACACUCUAUAAAGAUCAACACUUUAACAAAUUACACCCAUACGAGUUAUCAGUAACUGCCAAGAUAUUAGAUUUCUUGAGCGGUAGACAGCAAUUCAACAGGGGUGCAAUCCUUGGAGCUACAUCAAGCACACCAACUACUAUGCAAAUACCAUCCCUGUUGUUGGCUCAACUUGGUUUGCAACCUGAGAAGCCAAUUAAUCCGUUUGAGAAAUGGAACACAAAACACCUCAACAAUGCAAACGGAUUGAAGUUGAUUGAAAUGGAAGAACUCACAUUCGCUGAAGCAGUUGGUGUAUUCGAAUCGUUUGGUAAAUCCUUAGGUAUUUCAAACCCAAUGUCUGAUGAACUUCUCUUAUCCAAGUUCACGGAGUCUGGUGGUUCACCUAAAGCAUUCACAAGAAGUUUGAGGGAUUCACUUGAAUAAAACUAUUUAUAGACUACCGAUGUAAAG